AUGAUACACGUUCUGUGGCUCCUAUUGGCUUUUCUGUGCAGAUUUUGUCCAGGACAAGCUUGGAUCGCUGGUAACUUUUUAAUGACUGGAUCUAAGGGUUAUCUUACCUACGCCAGAAGCGUGCAAGUUGGCACACAGAUUGGCAUCGACGAAUGCAAACACCAGUUUACGUGGGACAAAUGGAACUGCCCGGAAAGCGCUGUCCAGCUCAAAGGACUGAAACGUGCCACCAGAGAGACAUCAUUUGUCCAUGCCAUCAGUGCUGCAGGAGUCAUGUACAUUCUGACCAGGAACUGUAGUAUGGGAGACCUUGACAACUGUGGCUGUGAUGUCUCAAGGAAUGGCAAAAUUGGUGGUCAAGGCUGGUUGUGGGGUGGCUGCAGUGAUAACGUGGAUUUUGGGGAGAGAAUUUCCAAAGAGUAUGUGGAUGCGCAGGAGACUGGUCAGGACUCAAGAGCUGCUGUCAACUUGCACAACAAUGAAGUUGGGCGUCUUGCCGUGAAAGCGACCAUGAAGCGCAUCUGCAGAUGUCAUGGCAUGUCUGAGAGUUGCACCGUCCAAACGUGUUGGGCACAGUUGUCCGACUUUAGAGAAAUAGGAGAUUAUUUAAAGGCCAAGCACCAUCAAGCCCAAAAACUGGACAUCGACAAGAAGCGCAAAAGGGCUGGCAACAGCGCGGAGAGCCGAGGGGGCAUUGCAGACGUCUUCGGCAGCAUUACCCAGACUGAGCUCAUCUACCUGGAGGAUUCUCCUGACUACUGCAAGAAAAACAUCAGUCUAGGUCUGUACGGCACAGAGGGCCGAGAGUGCAUGCAGCAUGGUGAGGGUCUGACACAGUGGGAGAGGAGAAGUUGCCGCAGACUCUGCCAUGAGUGCGGCCUGAGGGUGGAGGAGAGGCAGAAAGAGGUGGUUGCAAGUUGCAAUUGUAAGUUCCAAUGGUGCUGCAAGGUAAACUGUGACGACUGUUCAGAAGUCACAGUGAAACACGUCUGCGCCAGGAGGGACGCGACUGAAGGUCACGGCCCCAGACGUAGAUAUCGUGGACCCAAAUAA